AUGACAAUAGAAGACAUCACAUCAGACAUCACCAACCUGGCCGUCAACCCAGGCUCGGUGACUCAGGUCCAGGACACCAACAACACCGCCGACCAGUCUGCCACUUCUGCUUCCAAGAAGAACAAGAAGAAGAAAAAGACCCCUGCCGUAGCAGCCCCUUCUGAGGGCGAAUCCAAGGAGGACAACGAGGCAGCGGAUGGAGAUGACGAUGAUGAGGAUGACGACGACGAGGAGGGCGCCAUCAACAACGCCUCUGGAACUACUGCAACCAAGAAGAAGAAGAAGAAGAACAACAAGAAGAAGAAAAAGGUCACCCAGACCGAGCCUCCCACCAUCCCCAUGACCAAGAUGUUCCCCAGCAAGAUCUACCCCGAGGGCGAGCAAUGCGAAUACAACGAGGAGAACCUCUGGAGGACGACAAACGAGGAGAAGCGCGCACUGGAGAGACAGUUGUUUGAUCAAUACAACGACGUCCGCCGUUCUGCCGAGGUCCAUCGUCAGGUCCGCCAGUACGCCCAACGCAAUAUCAAGCCUGGAAUGACGAUGAUCGAGAUUUGCGACAUGAUCGAGAAUGGCACCCGCAACUUAGUCGAGGCAAACGGCAUGGAGUCUGGAAUCGGCUUCCCUACCGGCUGCUCGCUCAACCACUGCGCCGCCCAUUACACCCCCAAUGCAGGAGACAAGACUGUCCUCCAGUACAAGGAUGUCUGCAAAAUUGAUUUCGGAGUUCAUGUCGGAGGAAGAAUUAUCGACUCGGCAUUCACGCUUACUUUCGAUCCUGUCUACGACAACUUGCUGGCUGCUGUCAAGGACGCCACCAACACUGGUAUCAAGGAGGCAGGAAUUGACGUCAGACUGUGCGAUAUUGGAGCUGCUAUUCAGGAAACCAUGGAGUCUUAUGAGGUCGAGAUUGAGGGCAAGACCUACCAAGUCAAGCCCAUUCGUAACCUGAACGGACACUCGAUCGACCCCUACAAGAUUCACGGAGGCAAAACUGUCCCAAUUGUCAAGGGCGGUGAUCAGACCAAGAUGGAGGAGGGCGAGUACUUUGCCAUUGAGACUUUCGGAAGUACUGGGCGCGGAUAUGUUCACGAGGACAUGGAGUGCUCUCACUACAUGCGUGUCUACGACGCCCCCCGCGUUCCUCUCCGUGUCCCCAAGGCUAAGACGCUGCUCAACACGAUCAACAAGGAAUUCGGCACGCUGCCCUUCUGCAGACGCUACCUGGACAGAGUCGGCGAACAAAAGUAUAUGCUGGGUCUUCGUAACCUGGUGGAAGUCGGUAUUGUGGAGGAGUACCCUCCUCUGGUGGAUAUCAAGGGAUCCUUCACGGCGCAGUAUGAACAUACUCUUGUCCUUAAGCCUACGCGGAAGGAAGUCUUGAGUCGUGGUGAUGAUUAUUAA